AUGAAUGACUUUGGAAUUCCGUUAAAUUUGUCCGCCGCCCAAGAACAAUUGAAAAACUCUAAAAUUGAUCCUAUUCUCUACAUUGAUGAUAAUAAAGAAAAUGAUCUUAUUCAAUUUAUUAAUAAAGCACAACACCAAGGCUUCAAUUGUCUUGAUCUUUCUAAAAGAAAUAUCAAAGAAUUUCCUUCUCAACUUCUCGGCUUUACAUCCUUGCAAUAUUUAUAUUUAGAAGGUAAUCAAUUAACUGAAUUACCUGAUGAUGUUUUUAUUCGAUUAUCAAAUUUAAAAUGGCUUGAUUUAAGAAAUAAUAAAUUAACUUUAAUACCAAGUCGUGGCCUCGCUAAACAUCAAGCUCUUCAAUAUCUGCUACUAAGUGGAAAUCAUCUUCGAACAUUACCUUGCGAAUUGGGAAAAAUGAAACAACUAACAGCGUUGAAUCUGGAUGGUAAUCCAUUAGGUCAUCCACCAUGUUACAUAAUUAAACAAGGUAUUAAAGCUAUUCAAAAAUGUUUACGUGAUACACUUGAAUCUAACGAUCUAUCAUCAUCAUCAUCAUCAUCAUCAUCCGAGGAUGAUGAUCCUGAUCAACAGCAACAAAUAAGAUCUUCUGUACAUCAUGCUCCGAUGUUUCUUCGAAAAUCUAAAUCUGAAACAGGUUAUUAUGACACAACGCCUCUUAACAUCUUACCUGCUCAUUUUCAGCCAUGUUUACAAUUUAAACGAAUGACUUAUUCCGCACUACGUCCUUCCCUACCGAGUAGAUCUCGGCCACAAUCAGAAAUGAGAAUGUCUCAAAUAAAACCACGAUUUGUAACGAAUAAAACUAAUGAGGCGGAAAGUGAUGUUUAUUUCAUGCAAGAACAACGCUUGCCUUCCAAAUCGAAGCCACAUGAUACAAAAAUUAGUGAAGAACUACAACAAAUAUAUCAUAAAACUUAUACUCCAACUAAAGAGUUCGAAGAACCUCUUGUACAUACGCCAUUUCAUAUUGAUACGCAUUUUAUGCCAAUACUACAUAGAAACCAACACGAUUUAAUGAAAUUCGAAGGUCGACGAAUUCCAACACCAAAAAAUCCGUCCAAUGAAGAUGAACAAAAACGUUUGCAUGAUCAGAAAGUUCAAGAUCGUAUCCGACAAAUAACCGAUAAAAUGCUCAAACGUCGAUUCGAAGCCCGACAAAGUCAUUUUGCUGAAAAGCGUCAAGUGAAACUUGAAUUGCGUGAAUUACGUAGACUUGAAUCGGCGACAACAAAUCCACAUCGGCCAAUCAGUCAAAUGAAUAAUCAUUUUAAAAAAAUCUAUGAUAAUGUUAAUUCUCAGAAAAAAUCUUAG